GAUGGCACUUGGCUGUUUAAUCAUUAAAGGGAAGGACUGAAGCCAGAAGCACCUCAAAGUCCAGGCUGGCGGUGAGCGGCUCACAGAGGAGCGUGGAGCUGGAGCGAUGGAGCCCCGAGCUCCCGGAAGUGGAGCCGGGACUGUGACAGCCCCACGCUCUACACUGGGCUCCGGAGUCAGCCUGCACGCCUACGACAUCGGGGUCCUGGUCAUCUACUUUGCCUUCGUCGUGGGCGUGGGGAUCUGGUCAUCCAUCCGUGCAAGCCGAGGGACCAUUGGUGGCUAUUUCCUGGCUGGGAAGUCCAUGACCUGGUGGCCGAUCGGAGCAUCUCUGAUGUCCAGCAAUGUGGGCAGCGGCCUGUUCAUCGGCCUGGCUGGGACAGGAGCUGCCGGAGGCCUUGCUGUGGGUGGCUUCGAAUGGAACAUGAUGAAACCAAGGCCUGGAGGAGACAGAGGGACCUUCAGAGGUCACACAGGACUGAGAUCAGGUCCCAGGCCACCUGGCUGCUGCUCGCCCUCGGCUGGAUCUUCGUCCCCGUGUACAUCGCGGCUGGUGUGGUCACGAUGCCGCAGUACCUGCAGAAGCGCUUCGGGGGCCAGAGGAUCCAGGUGUACAUGUCUGUGCUGUCGCUCAUCCUCUACAUCUUCACCAAGAUUUCGACGGACAUCUUCUCCGGAGCCCUGUUCAUCCAGAUGGCCUUGGGCUGGAACCUGUACCUCUCCACGGUGAUCUUGCUGGUGGUGACGGCCGUCUAUACCAUCGCGGGGGGCCUCACGGCCGUGAUCUACACAGACGCUCUGCAGACGGUCAUCAUGGUGGGGGGAGCCCUGGUCCUCAUGUUUCUGGGCUUUAAGGAGGUGGGCUGGUACCCAGGCCUGGAGCAGCGGUACAGGCAGGCCAUCCCUAACGCCACAGUCCCCAACACCACCUGUCACCUCCCCCGGCCCGAUGCCUUCCACAUGCUUCGGGACCCCGUGAGCGGGGACAUCCCUUGGCCAGGCCUUAUUUUUGGGCUCACGGUGCUGGCCACCUGGUGCUGGUGCACGGACCAGGUCAUUGUGCAGAGAUCCCUCUCCGCCAAGAGUCUGUCCCACGCCAAGGGAGGCUCAGUGCUGGGGGGCUACCUGAAGAUCCUGCCCAUGUUCUUCAUCGUCAUGCCCGGCAUGAUCAGCCGGGCCCUGUACCCAGAUGAGGUGGGCUGUGUGGAUCCCGACGUCUGCCAGAGAGUCUGCGGGGCCCGCGUGGGGUGCUCCAACAUCGCCUACCCCAAGCUGGUCAUGGCCCUCAUGCCCGUCGGUCUGCGGGGCCUGAUGAUCGCGGUGAUCAUGGCCGCCCUCAUGAGCUCGCUCACCUCCAUCUUCAACAGCAGCAGCACCCUGUUCGCCAUCGACGUGUGGCAGCGCUUCCAUCGGAAGGCAACAGAGCAGGAGCUGAUGGUGGUGGGCAGAGUGUUUGUGGUGGUCCUGGUCGUCAUCAGCAUCCUCUGGAUCCCCAUCAUCCAAAGCUCCAACAGUGGCCAGCUCUUUGACUACAUCCAGUCUGUCACCAGCUAUCUGGCGCCACCCGUCACCGCCCUCUUCCUGCUGGCCAUCUUCUGCAAGAGGGUGACAGAGCCUGGAGCCUUCUGGGGCCUCAUGUUCGGCCUGGCAGUGGGGGUGCUGCGCAUGAUCCUGGAGUUCUCGUACCCAGCCCCAGCCUGUGGGGAGGUGGACCGGAGGCCGGCCGUGCUCAAGGACUUCCACUACCUCUACUUCGCCCUUGUCCUCUGCUGCCUCACUGCCAUCGUCAUCGUCACUGUCAGUCUCUGUACAACCCCCAUCCCUGAGGAAAAGCUUGUUCGCCUGACGUGGUGGACACGGAACCACCCCCAAUCUGAGCUGGAAAAGGAAGCCCAGGAGGGAACACAGGCGACAUCGGAGAUGCCACCUGGGGCGCACCCUGCAGGAGGCGGAGGGGCCGAGAACUCCAGCCAGGGCCCGGGGCAUGGAGCCCCACACAGGUCCUGGGGGAAGCUGCUCUGGGGCUGGCUGUGUGGGCUCUCGGGGACCCCGGCGCAAGCCCUGAGCCCCGCGGAGAAGGCCGCGCUGGAGCUGAAGCUGACCAGCAUCAGGGAGGAGCCGCUCUGGAGAAGCGUCUGCAACAUCAAUGCUGUCCUCCUGCUGGCCAUCAAUGUCUUCCUCUGGGGCUAUUUUGCAUGACUCCGGCGACCUGGCUUCAG